AUGAUUUGUAGAAAUAAAUUAGAACAUAUAAUCGACUUAGUCGGACUGCAUGCUACGCAAUUGCUCAAGGAUGAUAAUCAUAACAUCAAGUACAAUGUUUACCAAUACAAAGAGCUGCGAUUGAAAUUGGAAGAGCAAGCUUCUGCAAUAAGAGAAUGUGUUCGUAGUCACAAUAAAGCGAUAAAAUUUGCUCAAGUAAUACACUACAUUUACGCGUGGAGUAUUUUUGUUGAGGUAGCUCUGAGCUUAAUCAACUUAAGUGUCUCAUUGCUCCAAUUAGUGAGCAAGCUGUUUCUUUGGAGCGAGAUGAUGAUGUCCGUCGCGUAUGCAUUUGGUGUGAUGAUGCACCUGUUCUUUCUCAACUUAAUGGCACAAUUUAUAUUGGAUCAAAGUCUGAACGUUCACGAAGCAGUAUACUCGAGCGCUUGGUACAAUUUGUCUAGCAAAUUUCAGAAAGACUUCGUGCUGAUUCUAAGGAGAAGUAAUGUACCAUGCCAGUUAAAGGUUGGGAAUAUGUUCGUAUUGUCGCUGGAAACCUUUUGCACGGUGCUGCAGACAUCAAUGUCUUAUUUCAUGAUGUUAACUUCUUUCCGAUGA